CAACGGCAAACAAAACAGCACGCAAAGCGCGACGCGCGUUCAGCAUUUUGUUUAUUGUUUUUACGAGUCAGAACUUUUUUUCGUGGAGUUUUGCGAGAGAGUGAGAGCGCGAGAGAGAUUGAGAGAGUUGAGAACACUGGAAGUGUUUGCGAGCGUGUGCUUGUGUGUGUGUGUAGGAGAGCGAGGGAGUGUAUCUGUGAGAUCAACAGCUAGCAGCAGCUAGCUGCAGCUUCUCGUUGCCUGGCUGCAACAGUUUCGAUUCGUGCGCGUCGCUUGCAACAUCAAAUUUCGCUUGUUUUCUCGGAUUUCGGAUUUUGGAUUUCGUUUUUCGGUUCUCGGAGUUCGGUUUCCGUUUCGAUUACGAUUUCGGUUUCGGUUUGUUGUGAUUCAUGUGUGUGGGAAAAAAAUGCAACUGAAACUGUGUCUGUGCAUUUGCUGUAAAACGUUUUGGCGCUUCUAAUUUGCGGCAGCUGCUUUUGUUGUGCUUUUAAGAGCAGCCAACAGUGAAACAGUGAACUACGGCAACUCAGCAGCAGAAUGUGGAGGCAAAUGCAGUCAAGGCGCGCUUAAUUAACAUGCAACUGGCAACUGGCAACAAACAGACAAAAAACAACAGCAACAGCAACGACGACGACGACAAGCUAACGACAACAGCACGUCGAGAAGUGCAAUCGAAGAUAUCAAAAGAAACAAAAGUUGCCGAUAGGCAAAAACAUCAGCAACAGCAACAGCAACAGCAACGACAACGUCGUCAAGCUGUCUAACUAAAGUUCGCCAAUCAGUCAAACUAAAGAUGCAAUGUCCAAUGUUGCAAAGACCUUGCCCUGCAGCUGUUAAUUAAAGCGCACCCCAGCAACAAUUGCAGCAUCAGCAAACAGCAACAUCGACAGUCACAGCAACAGCAACACAGCAGCAACAGCAACAGCAACUGCAACAGCAACAUGUCGCUUGUUUUGCGGAGUCAACGCGCCUUCAUUGAGGAAAAUGCUCGUCAAAUGCCGGGCAAUAACAAUGGCACCCCAAGCUCAUCAUCGUUGACCGGCUCGGUGCGCAGCUGCAACUGCUGUCCUUAUGGCUACCACAUCGAUCUGGAUUUCGUGCGCUACUGCGAGGCCUUGGCCAAUGCCAAGCCCAGCGAGAAGGAAUUGCAGCGUCGCGAUCGCCGACGAUCACGCAAAUCGAUGGAGUUUAUGCUGGGCUUUGAGAGUCUCUUCGGUGGCGAUUGGCAGGCGGAGAAUCGAGUGCAGCCCAAUUUAGCCGAGGCGGCACAUGAAAGCGAACCGGAUUCGCCACACCAACUCCCGGCGGUCGGGCAAUCGCCCAGCUAUCGGCCACGCUCGUCGUCGGUGCCACGCUUCACCUAUGGCGGCCUCGCUCCACGUGCCGAGUCACCCUAUGGCACAGCCUCCUCCACUUGCUCUUCGCUGCGUGGCGGCAUCGAGAGCGACGCUGGCGUCUAUCAGCCGCACAAGUAUACCAACGGAUUCAGCCAUGCCCGUCCAGCCAACAGUCCGCCGGAGACACGCGCCUUUCUCCACGAAGCACUGGAUGAGGUCUGCAGCGACUUUGAACGAACACUGGAACGUGCUUCGUCCAAGCGACGCAAGGCUGGCGCCUACAGCUACAGCAAUGGCAGCUCACUCUCCAUGGAUCGCAACAACAACAGCCUAAGCUUGAGCUUGAGCCUCAGCAAUGGCCACGGUUCGCCGAGGGAGUCGAAGGGAAACAGCACUUGGGAUCGCUACUUUGAUGUGCCAGACUCCUGCAUGGCGGGCAAUCGCUCGCCGCGGUCGAGCACGCCGCGUCUCUUUCAGCGCUCCAAUACGCUUCCGUUGCAGCAGCGUCCGAGUCCCGCCGAGGUGCAGUACGAGAGCUAUGUGCAGGCCACGGUGGCAGCCAAUGCCAAGUCGCCAGUGGAACAGCUGGAGCAGCAUCAGGCGAAGGCCACGCCACCUCCGCCACCUCCACGACGCCAUCACUUGACCGCAACUCCCAAGGCGGAGCAGGCGAAUGGAAGUCCGCUGCAGUCGCCAGUCAGCUCCGAGGCGGGACAGACGACGGCGGAUGCACAAGCUCUGUGCCAGAUACGCGAGCAGAUGGCUCUGAGCCUCAAGCGGCUUAAGGACUUGGAGGAGCAGGUCAAGAUCAUACCCGACAUGGAGCUGGAACUCAAUUCGUUGCGUGCGGAGAAGCAGCGCUUGCUGCGUCGCAACGAGGAUUUGCUGCGAGGACAACGACAGACGCCUUCGCCACCGAGUCCGGGUAUCAAGAAUGCCUCUCCGGUGCAGUUUACGCCGCAACGGAUCAGUCCCGUCUCCCUGGAGAGUCUGGGCGCACGCAUGCGCAGCAAUUCCGUCUCGCCCAGCAUUAUACGACGCGAUGUUGCCACACAGGCGGCCAGCAAGGUGAUUGCCACACGAGAUGUUGCAGUUGGCGUGCAGUUGGCCACUCGCCAUGUGGGCACCCAGCAAGCGGAAGCCAUCUACUCCCAGCUGGAGCUAAAGCAAAAGAUUGAGCGAGCUCUCGGGGACGCCCAGCAGCAGCGACUGCGUCAGCUGAUCUCGGUGGGCACACAGAUGUAUGUGCCACAGCGGGAUCAGAGGGACACGGGCGUGCAGACAGUGCCACAGCGUGCGGUGCUCAAGCACAAUGUGGGAAUUUCAGCCAAGCCGCAGACACGGGAGAACUUCACCAGUUGCAAGCCGGAUGUGCGCAGCGUAGGCAGUUCCGAGCAUCGGAUCAACGAUGUGCUCUGCGAGAAGUGUGCGGUGGUCAAGCGCAGCGUUGGCAGCGGCACCGACGAGCCCAUGGAGAAGCCAAAGCCAGUGCCACAGUUGCCAGGACGCAGCAAUACCUUCAGUCUGGGCGAGCACGAGCAGCUCGCUAUUCAGCGCAAGGCUGUUGGCUGCCAGACAGCGAUGGCCACAGUGCACACAGCUGCCAGUCAAACGAUAACCACAACAGUGCGCUCUACGGGAGCCCAGGUGACUCCGGAGCAUCAGCAGGUUGCCACGCAGUGUGGCGUGGACACAAGCAGCCGGCAAACGGACACCAAGGGACUGCAGCGUCUGACGCGAAGCACGAUUAAGGCGGAGCAGUUGAUGGCGCCGUUGUCACGUCCACAAACGCGCCACACGGGCAGCAAUACUGAACCGGAACCGGCACCAGAAGUGGUGGCUAAGCCAAAGCAGCGUACGGCGCAUUCGGCUUGCAACACGGAGCAGGUGCAUAAACGCGACGUCGGCUGUGGCGACAUUGUCAAGCCACACAUCUCUAUCGCCUGUGCGGCCAACUACUGUGAUUCCUGUAAAGAGGCCAUCCAGGUGCUGGCCAGGGACUUCUCAAAGGCCGACAUCCCAGUGGAGCCAGCAGCUGUCAAAGCUACGCCCACAAUUCGUCGCUCCAGUUCAGCGGAUUCGCGCAUACCACGCCCCAAACAUCUCACUAGUCCCAGUCCCGUGCGAAAGCAGUUCCAGCGCCAAAACACUUACACGGUGCCAACGACUCCAGCGACCCCGAAGAGUCCGAAGGCAGAACGAAAGACUCGUCUGAGCUCACUGCAGGAAAAGCCGCCAGUUUUGGUGCUCGAUGCCACAACCGAAUCACAGAGCUUCAUCAAACAACCGUCCAGCAAACCAAUUGCAACGUCCCAAGAUUUGGAUUUUACCCAGCUUGGCGACGAUGAGUUGAUUGUGCGUGAAGAGAAACGUGUGAGCAUCAGCUGGUCACGUGAUGCUUCGCCAGCGCCGCUGAUGAGCUCCUCGGCCACGACAACGGCCAGCACGAAGUCCGCCUCGCCAGAACAAGCGCUGACCGCGUCCAGUGACUCCAAUGUAGAGCGUGAAAUCUCACAAGGGGCACGCAAAAAGUCAAGCACUCCUCUCAAGUCUAGUCAAAGCGAGGGGUCCCAGGUGACUGUCAUCGAGAGGCGGCCGCAGAAGGAGCCAGUUGAGGCCGUCAAGGCAGAGGAGGAGGAGGCUAAGGAGGAGGUGAAACUGAAGGACGAGCGACCUCCAACAAAGGCUCAGCUACAUCAGCUGGCCCAGGCACCCUCAGAGCCCAGACAAAAGACGGAACUGCACAAGGAGAUGAAGGAUGCCCUAAAAGUCAUCAACGAUUCGCUGCUCAAGAAGCUGGGCUCUAAGCCCUUCUCCUCGUUCAGUCUGAAGGCAUCGAAGGCAACCAUUGGAGAGCAUUGGUUCCGCAUUUCUAGCACUGGCAAUUCAAAUCCACACGAGGUUGAGGAUUAUCUGGACCACUUUGAAUCGUUGUCGGUGCCACUGCUGGAAUACUGUGUGAAUCUCUCCGAUAGCAAUGGCAACACGGCCAUGCAUUAUGCGGUGUCUCAUGGCAACUUUGACGUCGUAUCCAUACUGCUGGAUUCCAAGGUUUGCAACGUAAACCAAAUGAAUAACGCUGGAUACUCGUGCGUCAUGCUCGUAUCGUUGGCCAAGCUGAAGCAAGCGGCUCAUCGAACGGUCGUCGAGCGACUGUUCCAGAUGGCCGAUGUCAACAUACGAGCCAAGAAGCACUGCCAAACCGCACUGAUGCUCGCUGUGUCGCAUGGUAAUGGGGACAUGGUCUCCAUGCUGCUCGAUGCCGGUGCAGAUAUCAAUAUUCAGGAUGAGGAUGGCAGCACGGCGUUGAUGUGUGCGGCGGAACAUGGACGCGUGGAUAUUGUGAAGCAUUUGUUAUCGCAACAGGAUUGCGAUUCCCUCAUCCAGGAUGUGGAUGGCAGCACAGCCUUUAAGAUUGCAUGGCAGGCAGGACAUCGGGACGUGGGUCUGAUGCUCUACGUGCAUGAACAAAUGCUCCGGAGCAAGCUGCCCAAUCGUGGUGAUCCCAUACGCAAAUCUCUCCCGCUGCCGCUGCGCCCCAAGCCAGCAAAGUGAAGCGAAGCGAAGCCAUUUUUUGUAUUAGCGGCCAAAAUGUCGAACAAAACAUUAGUCUUUAAGCAAUUUGAAAUUAGCAUUUCGUAGCGCAGCGUAGUUGAGCACAUAGCAAAAGCAUUCCAUAUCCGAACGUUUUGUUAAUACGAUACAAUACUUAAUUUAGUUGGUGAUUAAUCCCAGACACACACACAUAAAAGGCGCUCAAAAGCAACCAGAUAUUUCAACUUGUAUACUUAUUUGUAAAUUUGUUUUUUUCUAUUUAUUCUACAUUUAAUGUCUAAGGCUAAAAAGCUCACAAUUUAUCAUUUAAGUUUAAAGUUUAGGUUUGUCAACAUGCAAAUAUUAAUUCUUAAUACAAUUAAUAUAUUCAUUUGUCCAUCUAAGUGUGUACAAAUUAAAAUACUAAUCAAAAUACUAUUAAACUAGCCUGGGCUACAUGAAGUAGCAGCCAUAAAUAACAUAUAUUGUUUAGGGAACGAGUAGUAGAACCAUAUCAGCAAAACGACAAUGCAAAUACGACAUAAUUAACCACUAAUUAAAUACAAACAAUUGUAAAGCAAAUAAUAAUAGUAAUAAAUGAGUAAUUCAAUUA